UUGUACAUAUGGGUCCUUUUCCUCUUUCUGUGAUGUUUUUGGUGGGGGAGGGCAGGGUUUGUAAAGGCAUGGAGAUACUGAAUUUGGGGACCAGCUAGUAGGCUAGUUGAGCUGGAACAUAAUGAAUAGAAAGCAGAAUAAUGUGAAUUAAGUCUGGAGAGAUAAAUGAGGUAGUUUGUAGAGUAAUGCUAGGCUGAGUAUUUUAGGGGUAACAGGGAAGCAUUCAAAAAAGUGACGGCUAAACUUUUGGAAUUUUAAUUUGGAAGCUUUGUGAAAAAUGGACAGAAGACUAGAAGGGACUAGAAACUGGGAAGUCCAAUUAGGAGGCUAUCACAAUAGUCCAAAUGAGAGGCAAAAAAUGCCUAGGUUAGGGUAGCAAGUCUGUAAGUGGAGAAAAGGGGACAGAAAUAAGAGAUGUUGAGCAGGUAGUAUCAUAUCUGGAUAUGGAAGCUGGGGCAAGGAAGAGUGUUGAAGGGUUAAGGCUGACUCUGAGGUUGAGAAUUAAAGAGAGGUCUUCAAGCAAUGUCUGAGUGACCACUUGUCAGGCUUGUAGAUUUAUCGGAUUUAUGUUCACAUGGGUAGGAAUAGAUGACCUCUAGAGUUCUUUCCAAUGCUGAGAUUCUUUGAUUGGAUUUAGGUGAUCAGAAGGUAAUGGUGGUGCCUCUGUAGAAAUGGGUAAAUUUGGAGGAGGGGUGGAUUUAGGGGAUAGGAUACUGAUUCCAGUUUUGGACAGUGAGUUUGAGUUACCAAUGAAACCUCCAGGUUGGUUGUUGUUAUGGGACUGGAGUAUGAGAGUGAUUAGUAAUGGAGGUAUUAGGGUCUGGUAGCCAUCUUCAUAAAGAUAACUGAGCCUGUGGGAGCUGAUUACUAAGGGAGAAUGCAGCAGAAGAUCAGACAGUGCCUUAGGACAUACCCAUUCACUUUCGUUUUGACCCUCAGAGCUACCUGCACUAGGUCUAAAUAGCAAAGAGAUUAAAGAAAGAAGAAAGUGACUCAUAGGUACAAAAAUGUUUACUGGAGAUGGAUGAUAAUCCAGCAAAGGAGACUGAGAGGAAAUAUUCAAGCAGGAUGAGGGCGAAGAAAGAGAAAUGUUCCAGAAGCCAAGGGAAGAGAAUAUCCAGGAGUGGAUAGUCUACAAUGCCAAAAUCAACAGGCCUCAGCAGCUUGACGAUGACUUCUCUCAGUGAAGCAAACUCCAAAUUUGGCUUUAGGCUCUUCAGAGAAUUGAAGCAAAAUGCAGAGGAUAACCUGAUCAUGUCCCCUCUGAGCGUCUCUGCAGUAAUGGCCAUGGUCUUAUAUGGAGCCAGAGAGAAAACUGCAUUUCAGAUGCAGAAGGUGCUUCACUUAGAUGAAGUUACAGAAGGUAGCAAGCCAAGUGUUGGAGACAGUCGUGGUAAAUCAUCAGAGGCUGUGUGUGGCAAACCCGGAGAGAUCCAUUCCCAGUUUCAUGCCCUCUUGGAAGAAAUCAACAGACCUAAUGAUGACUAUUCACUGUCCAUUGCUAACAGACUCUAUGGAAGCCAGACAUUUCAGUUCCUGCAGCCCUACUUAGAUGCUGUAAAGAAUAUUUACCAAGCAGGGCUGGAAGCAAUGGACUUCUUGCAUGCUUCAGAAGAAAGUCGAGGGAAGAUUAAUUCAUGGGUUGAGAAUCAAACAAAUGGAAAAAUCAAGGAGCUGUUUUCAGCAGGUACUAUUGACCCAGCUACUGUCCUGGUACUGGCAAAUGCCAUUUAUUUCAAAGGACAGUGGGCCAUGAAGUUUAAGGAAGAAAACACUCAAGAAACAAAUUUCAGGACAAACAAGGACACAAACAGGCCUGUGCAGAUGAUGAAACAGACGGGCUUCUUUAAUAUGGGAUACAUGGAGGAAUCUCAGGGGAAGAUUCUUGAAUUACCAUAUACAAACAAACAUCUGAGUAUGUUCGUGCUGCUGCCUACUGAUGCCGAUGGCUUAGAGAAGUUGGAACAAGAUCUCACCUUUGAGAAAUUAUUAGAGUUGAUGAAUCCUGAGAAUAUGGCCCUAAAAGAAGUUAAUGUGUGUUUUCCACGGUUUCGAGUAGAAGAGACUUACUCUCUGAGGCCCACAUUGGAAGCUAUGGGGAUGACAGAUAUAUUUGAUACACAAAGUGCUGACUUUUCAGGAAUGACAACCCAUAGGGGCUUGGCUGUGUCCAAAAUCAUCCAUAAAGCCUAUGUGGAGGUGAAUGAGGAGGGCACUGAAGCAGCAGCUGCCACUGGUAUAGUGAUUGGAUAUAACUCUUCUAGAAAGGAAGAAUUUAAUUGUGACCACCCAUUUCUCUUCCUCAUUCGACACAACAAAAGCAAUAGUAUUCUCUUCUAUGGAAGAGUUGCUGCCCCUUAAUAAAGGGCUGUUGGGGACUGAGAAAAAAUAUAAACUCUCUGAGGGCAGGAACUGUUUCACUUUGGUCUUUGUAUCCCCAUAGAUCCUGUCAUAUAAAAGGCACUUAACAAAUAAAUAUUUGUUGAAUUUAAUCAUGCCAAAUGAGUACUGGUUGAAAUAACUGGCAUCUUUUUCUUUUAAAUUCCAUUCUUAUUUUGAGUUCCAAAUCUUCCCUCUCUAUAUUUUUCCCCUCCGAUGGAGAGGACAA